AUGCACUUUCUCGCGCCCUCGCUUAAACUCGAGUCCCAAAUCUACGGUUCGAGGAAGCAAGCUGCAGGCUGGACUGUUCUUGAACAGGAAGUACCUGAUUUUAGUGUCACGCUGAGCGCCGCCCUCACGGUCAAAGGCGAGCGGCUAUGGUCUAAAAGCAGAAAUAGUCAUCUCCGCACGUGCAUGUGCAACUCUUCAAGCCGCAACAUCAUUGACGGGAUUCUGCUGGCUUACGAGUCGCCUAAAAUUACAAGAAAUAUUGACGUCGGAGAAAUUGUUUUCGUCAUUAGAGAGUCAGGCGACAAGUUCGAGUUCGAUACUACGUGAGAUCAACCCGCGUAACAUCAAUUGUAUACCCUAGAAUGCGAUUGGCGGCCCCCAGUAAUGUGGGCUGUAUGCGUUCAUCGGGAGGGAACACCACCGAUCAGAACAAAACACAUCCACCGCCGGUGUCCGAACUGUUUUUGUCAUAUGUCAACCGAGGUGCAAAGCCCUUUAG